UGUUGACCCGAAUCCUUCGUACGUCACAAUUGACGUGGAUUUUCAAUAAAUCGAUAAGCGAGAAUUUUUCUUUUUCUAAAAAUGGCAGGGAAAGCUACAUGGUACACGCCGAUAGCAUCUAUGAAAAAUAAGGAAGAGGUAUGGCAAAGUAUCGACAAGAAAGGCUGGGUUGCUCCAAAGAUGGACCUCGUCCCAGAAAUCUCGUACUUCAACAACAACUUCAAGUAUGAUCGCUUGCCCGAAUACGAUUUGUAUUUUUCUUAUACAAAGGUGCUUCCAUUAUGGGAUGAAAGGAAGAGUAAAGACAAUAGAAGAUACCUUCCCGAUAUCUGGGAAAAUAUACAUGAACAGGGAUAUGUGCAUUAUGUAUACUCUUUCACCAUAUUUCGAAGAAGUUGCAGGGUCGCAGAACAUUAAAAAAACGGAAAAAUCAGUGUUUCUCUUCUGUUCAGGAAAAAGAUAAACCUGUCCCUGCUGUGACUUCAAUGAAUUACGGAAGACCAUGUAGACCUCCCUACGACUUCGUUGAUACCACCUACAGAAAAGUGAAUGCUAGGACAGACUUCUAUAGGAGAAAAGGAGUAACGCGAAUUAAGGAAAAGCAAGCUGUUUGAGAAUGCUUGCACAAAUUUAUAAAUGAAAAAAUUAUAUGCAAAGUACAAUAUUAGGCUUAUUGGCUUAUUCAACUUAUUUUCUGUAAAAGUUGAUUGUCGCAUUCAGAAAGAUAAAGCGUAUGACGUAUGUGUC